AUGUUUUCUUACCUUUUAUAUCUUACUAGGUCUUCAGAGAAUCUAACCAUCGACGGUAUGGAUGUUCAAUGUAUUAUACUUGAGGACGAAAUUCACAUAGGUAAUGAUGAAGUACACAAACCAGCAAUUGUUUCUGAUCUAUAUUUUGAAUUUACAAUUCCUGAAACAAUUAAUUACAAAGAGAAAGAAUGCCCUAUUACAGCAAUUGAAGCAUAUUCAUUUUAUAAAACAAAUAUCACAAAAAUCGUUAUUCCAAAAACAAUAAAAUUCAUAAAUUCCACAUGUUUCGAAAAUUGCAAGCAUCUACAAACAAUUAUAGUAGAUAAAGAAAAUCCUAACUUUACAGUGAUUGAUGAUGCUCUAUACUCCAAAAAUAAAACAAUUUUAUACAAAUUCCCUUAUGAAGGAGAUUCCUUUGAUAUUUUAUCAGAAACAAGAAUAUACUCUGAUUCCUGCUUUACGUGGUGUACAUUCACAGGAUUCACUGUUCCGAAAAAGAUUUUGUCACUUGGAACAAGUUUAUUCAGUUACAACGAAGAUUUGAAGAGAAUAGACCUUAGAAAUACUAAUCUCAAGUAUAUACCUAAUAGGAUGUUCAUUGGAUGCAAAAGAUUAGAAAUUGUUGAUCUUCCAAAGGAUAUUACAGCAAUUGGAUCACAAACAUUCCAAGGAACAGCAAUAAAAUCAUUUAAGUUCCCUAAAACACUCAAUUUCAUAGGAAAAGGAGCAUUUAAGAAUUCAAGAAUUGAAGAAGUCGAAUUACUUGAAACACAAGUUAUAAAUAUUACAGACAAAUCAUUCGCUAUGUGUAACAGUCUUAAACUUUUCAGAUUUCCUGAUAAACUUGAAAAUGUUGAAACAAAUUCAUUCAAUGGAACAAAAAACAUCGAAUUCAUUGUUUACAGAGGAAGUAACUACAUGAAUCAGUCAGUUUUCGAAUGUUUCCCUUAUGCUUAUAUAACAUAUAAGUACCCAGGAAAGUGGUUCUUAGGAUUGAUCACAGAUAAUCUCAAAGAAGAAAUUACUUAUGAAAAGAGAAAAGUUUCAUACGGCGGAAGAAGAUUUUGA